AUGAACAAAAACUCCAUUGCAAGACAUGUUAUAAAGAGAGUGCUGGAACCCAGCGACAACAAAGCUCUUCAGCGACCUGUCGAUCAAGCCGCGCAAAGGAACGACCCAGAAAUAUCGCUUCAACACAGGAAACACUGGUGGAGCAAAAAGGCAGAGGCAGAGAUUAUCUUGAGUCCUCAAGAACAUAAAAUCCUGAAAAAGGUGAAAAAGAGAGCACACUACUUGGACCGUGGAAUUCACUGUUGCUGCUUUGCUAUCGGUUUAGAUGGUCUUGUGGGUUUCAUCCCAGUGAUAGGCGACUUCAUUGGUGUCUUUUUCGCUCUUGCCCUUGUUAAAACAGCUACUAAAGUCGGACUUCCCACCCCCAUUAUCCGACAAAUGCUGAUAAACGUUGUGAUUGAUUUUGCGCUUGGUUUGGUUCCUAUUCUCGGUGAUGUCAUGGACAUCUUUUAUAAAUGCAAUACUCGAAACGCGGUGCUUUUGGAAGAGUUCCUUAUGACUCGACGAAGGGAUCAGAUGCUGAAAGACCAAGGAAAGUUACCCGAAGAUCAUUUAGUUGGAACAGGUCCGAUACCCGGCACGGAGAAUGAGAGGCCAAAAGGACAUCAAGGAACUCCUCGUAUACGUGCUUAUGAAACAGACUCACUUGAUGAUCAGGAGAGGUCAAUGUCCGGUAAACAGAAGCUUAUUGGGAACGACACCUCGGGAAAGUCUGGCACAGCGAAAAGCGGAUCCUUUUUCACGACCUCGUCGUCAAAACGUACUUAA